AUGAACGUUCCAGCGUCUUUAAAAAACUACUGCUGGUUCAAUUAUGGGGUUUUACCCCUGUGGAUUUUGGUGACAAUGAUAUUUCUGCACAGGGAACUGCGGCAUUUUGACGGCCUCUUCGGAGCUCUAACUUAUCCCGGAAUUGGUGAAAACGGAUCUGGCUCCUAUUUAGAUGCACCCUAUUUAGAUAUCGAUGAGUAUGAGGAAGGUUGGAUUCGGUAUUCAUACAACUCUUGGCUGGCGGCAAGAAUUCCAGUGCGGCGUUCAUUGCCAGACUAUCGGGAUCCCCUCUGCCUGAAUAUCACCUACGAUGAGGACUUUAUCAAUAUGAAUCCAGCCAGCAUUAUUUUGAUCUUUCGAAACGAGCAACUUGUAGUCCUGCUGAGAACUUUGCACAGCUUGGUGAGCAGGACUCCAAAACAUCUCAUUUCUGAGCUCAUUCUAGUGGACGAUCAUAGUGAUGCUGGCUUUUGGAAAGAAAAAAUUUCGGUUUUACUUUUUGACACCUACGUGCGCAAGUAUAUUUACCCAAAGGCGCGGAUAUACCACUUUGAGAAUCAUAUGGGGCUAAUCAGAGCUCGGGCUUGGGCCGCCAGUCAAACCAUGCCGGUUAAUCUAGUAUUUGUGGACGCGCAAGUUGAGUUUACCGAAGGCUGGUUGCCACCAUUACUGAAUACUAUUUCGGAAGAAAUACAGACCCUGGCCACUCCCAUUUUGGACGAGAUCAAUGAGGAUAACUUUGGUUAUCUUCGGUCGAAUGAAACUCGUGGGAUCUACGACUGGAGCUUGAGACGCCUGGAAGUUCCCCUCUCAGAGGAAAAAAGAUUAAUGCUUCCCAAACCUUAUGAAGUGGCUGCCGUAAGGACUUCCGUGUUUGCUAUUCCAUCUGUGUAUUUCCAAGAACUCUCGUAUUUCGACGAAGAGCUCAGUGGUUUUGGCGGUGCUGAGCUCGAACUUAGUUUCAAAGUCUGGCGAAAUGCUGGUCGCAUAGUUCAAGUUCCUUGCUCCAGAGUUGGCCACUUGCAGCCCAAAAAUCAUCAUUAUCUUACGCGAUUUGGUGAUCCACACGAAAUGGGGAAAGAAGUUUCCAAAAACCUCAAACGAAUUGUGGAAGUCUGGAUAGAUGAUCCUGUUCUGAAAUCAACAAUAUAUCGAUACCUACCACUUCUCAAAAACGUUUAUGAGGGUGAUCUCAGUGUACCGCGGUCAAAAUACGACAAAUACGACUCUGAAUCUUUUCAGUGGUUUAUAACCGAAGUCAUGCCAGAACUAAGACAAAUUACACCCAGAAAUCGCCUUGAUUUUGCUUUUGGUCAUAUAAAACUCGAAGGUUAUCCAGAUAGCUGUCUGACAGUCAAUGCAGAAAGGAAGCAUCUAACUCUCGAGCCAUGCAUCGCCAACAAUACUCAUCAAAACUGGACAUUGACCCAUCUUAACGAUCUCCGAACGGCCGAUAAUUUUUGCCUAGAAGUGCAUUCCCAUGUGGCCGUGAGAUAUAACUAUUGCCACAAUCUUGGAGGACGGCAGAGUUGGAACUAUAAUUCGUAUACCAAACAACUGGUCAGCAAUUCCUUGUGUCUCGAAUCAGGUGGUCGACUUUAUUUUUAUGUGGGAAUUUGCAACACAUCACAGAGAAGACAGAGAUGGUUUUUUGACAACCUCAAUUUAGAUCUCUUGGCAUCAGUGAAAACAAAUUAG